UUUGCUAUAACCAAAAGUGGGGAUCGUCCAUUUAGGCCAUCUAGUGCACAUUUGGCUUGUCUAUCAUCCCCUAUCUUUUGCUCUUAUGUGUUUGAAAGAAUGUCUGACAGAGAAGAAGAAACUAUGGGUGGUGAUUCUCCGCCACCACCAUCUUCUACUAGAAGCUGUUUAGCGAAAGAAAUCUCUAUAGAAGGAAGCACCGUUUUUGAAUGCUCUAUUGGCAGAGGCCAGUCUACUGAAACACUACACUUAUGACCCAGGAGAACCGUCGGAAGCACUCUGCCAUCACCACCAGUCAAAGACUGCGAAAGGUCAAAAUGCAAAUUUGGAUAAAGAUUAUAACCAGUUUUUUCCGUGAAGAUGCCGCCGAAACAAAACCCACAAAUGCCCUCAGCGGACUACUCUCUCAAGGAGACAUCCCCAAAUAUUAGAGGUGGAAGAGUGUUAAGCAAUGACUAUCUCACAACAACAUUUGAUCUUGUGGAGCAAAUGCACAUUCUGUAUGUAAGAGUGGUAAGUGCUAAGGGUUUGCCAGGUAUCAAUGCUGAUGGCACUUGUGAUCCUUUUGUGGAAGUAAAGAUUGGGAAAUACAAGGGAACAACAAAGUACGUUGAGAAGAAUCCUAAUCCUGAAUGGAACCAGGUAUUUGCUUUUUCAAAAGAUCGGAUUCAGGCCACAAUGGGGGAGAUUUUAGUGAGGAAUAGGGAGUUUGUAAAUGAUGAAAUACUUGGCAGGGUUUUGUUUGAUGUAAGUGAGGUGCCCAGCAGAGUUCCACCAAAUAGUCCACUGGCACCAGAAUGGCACAGAUUAGAGGCUCGAAAUGGGCUUCACGUUCAAGGAGAGUUGAUGUUGGCUAUUUGGAUGGGGAAUCAAGCAGACGAUGCAUUUUCUGAUGCUUGGUAUUCUGAUGUUCUUGCAAUCAGUGGUGAACAUGUUGCCAACACUCGCUCCAAGGUAUAUCAUUCACCUAGACUUUGGUAUCUGAGGGUUAAUGUGAUUGAAGCUCAAGAUUUGGUGCUUAGAGAUCAGAACCGAAGACCUGAAGCUUAUGUUAAGGGAAUUCUUGGAACAAUUGUGUUGAGGAGUAGAGUUUCACCAAAUAAGAGUGUGAAUCCAACUUGGAAUGAGGAUUUAAUGUUCGUUGUGGCCGAGCCAUUUGACGAGCCUUUGAUUUUGAGUGUGGAAGACAAAUUGGGUGCUAAUAAGGAUGAGUGUUUAGGCAGGUGUGUUGUUCCUUUACAAAUGGUGGAGAAGAGAGAGAAGCCUAUACCGGUGAGUCAUAGUUGGUAUGGUCUUGAGAAGACUGUCGUUACUGGUGAAGAAGCGAAGGUAGUGAGGCUUAAUAGUAGGCUUCAUUUGAGGGUCUCUUUUGAUGGUGGUUAUCACGUGCUCGAUGAAUCAACCUACUACAAUAGUGAUUUGAGGGCAUCGUCUAAGGUGUUAUGGACUCCUCCAAUAGGAGUACUAGAGUUGGGGAUCUUGAGUGCAGAAGGUUUGCAGCCUACAAAGAACAAGGAUGGCCGUGGAACUGUUGAUGCUUAUUGCGUUGCCAAAUAUGGGCAGAAGUGGGUGAGAACAAGGACAAUUGUUGAUAGUUUUGCUCCAAAAUGGAACGAGCAGUAUACAUGGGAGGUUUAUGAUCCUUGUACUGUCAUUACUGUUGGAAUUUUCGAGAACUUUCAUAUAAAAGGAGAUGGAGGUGUCGUAGCAAAGGACCCGCGAAUUGGGAAGGUAAGGAUUCGGCUAUCAACACUACAAACUGAUAGAAUAUAUACACAUUCUUAUCCAUUAUUGGUGUUACAAAACACUGGGGUGAAGAAAAUGGGAGAGAUUCAAUUGGCUGUAAGGUUUACCUGCACUUCUUUGCUUAAUAUGUUGCAGACUUAUACAGAGCCUCUAUUGCCUAAAAUGCAUUAUGUCUAUCCACUCACAGUGUAUCAGCUUGACAGUUUAAGGCACCAAGCUACUUAUACCAUCUCAAUGAGGCUAGGCCGUGCCGAGCCUCCUUUAAGGAAAGAAGUUGUAGAGUAUAUGCUUGAUGUUGGUGCAAAUAUUUGGAGCUUACGAAGAGGGAAAGCAAAUUUUGCAAGGAUCAUACGCCUGUUCAAUGUUUUCGUUAUGUUUCAUCUAUGGUUCAAUGAGAUAUGCAAGUGGAAGAAUGCAAUAAAAACAAUUGCGACACACUUUCUUUUGAUGGUUAUGGUUUUCUUGCCCCGCCUAAUAUUGCCCACAUUUUUUCUUUGCCUCUUUUCGGUUGGUAUUUGGAACUAUAGAAAGAGACCUAGGUAUCCUCCUCACAUGGAUACCCAAUUAUCCUAUGCUGAUACCGCACAAAAUGAUGAAUUGGAUGAAGAGUUUGAUACAUUUCCGUCUUCUAAAGGAGGUGAAGUGUUGAAGGCAAGAUAUGAUAGAUUGAGAUGCAUUGCAGGGAGGAUGCAGACAGUGCUCGGUGACUUAGCAACUCAAGGUGAAAGGGUGCAGUCUCUAUUAACCUGGAGAGACCCAAGAGCUACAUUUAUGUUUGUGAUUUUCUGUUUGAUUGCCGCGAUAGUGAUCUAUGUCAUUCCUUUUCGAGUGAUGAUCAUUUCCGUAGGGUUUUAUACAUUGAGGCACCCGAAAUUCCGAAUUAAUAUUCCUUCCGUACCACAGAAUUUUCUUAGGAGGCUACCUGCUAAGACAGAUAGCUUGCUGUGAUGUCUCUGCUUGGACACCAGCACUUCUCUCACUUUUUCAGUCAGAUUAUUGAAUAAAAAGGAUUCUGUUCAUUUAUAUUUUUUUGUAUGAAUUAAUAGAUGUUUGGGUCGUCAAAGUCAGGUUAGCCCAGAAGAAGAUGUUUCUGAUGAAAGCCUGCUAUUAUAAGAUCUUUUGGUCCAUGUGAGGCCUUUCUUUAAUGAGAAUCUUCUUUCC